AUGUCACAGUUCUUAUCGUCGACAUCCUCAUGGGGCUCAGGGGGCGGUGCUAGUGGCGGACGUCGCCAGAAGGUCUACCAGUACCUGAGGGCGGCGAAUGAACUACGUCAGACGUACGCCGCACAAUGGUCGGCGCAGAUAAACCCAUCUCGUGGAUACGAUGAAGAGUAUUUGAAGAACACGCCGGGGGCAUUUCCAGAUAUUGAAAUUGCACGGUCCGAAGAUGAGGAAAUGGUGAUUUUCCCGAGUUACGCAAGGCGACUUGUCAAAGACCACAACAGACAGCGUCGGGGAUCGACUUCGACGCUCGAUGAAUACCGCGGUGUGGCCGAGGAGACGGAGCUGGAGAGACUUGAAAGAGAGAUAUUGGAGGAUGAAAAUGCGAUCGUCGCGGUUGAUGUGCGAGGCUGGGUGUACUCACCUCAUCGCGGGCCGAUGAAUCGAAAGCAGCGCUUGUUGAUUGCACUUGCGAGGAAACUAAGCGGUGUACCGGCGCCGAGUAAUUAUUCGACUGAUACUGAAGGCCCCGAUUCCGACACCGCUUCUAUAGGAAAGGCAUCGGGUAAAAGGGAUGAUGAGCUUGUGGAUGCGGAGGCGCAAUCGAUCAUCAGAAAUGCAGAAGGAAGGGCGGAUGCUGCUUGGAAAUCUAGUGCCUCGGAACGAGAUGGCGAAGCUAUCCCUGGACGACCUCUACAUAGAACGACUACAUCAUUGACGCUCGAACCUUCUCAAAUGAGCAUGGAUGAGCUGUCUGUGGCAAAUGCUCACCUUAUGGAGAGACUCCGCCCUUUCUUGUCGAAUCCCAUGAACCAGCAGCCUGUCACUGUGUUCUUUUUCAAUGAUGGGAAGAGCCAGUCGAGAAGCGUAUUGACUGACGAGUCAGGCCACUUUACUUUACGUGCAGCGCUGCCGUUUAUCCCGACUCAUAUCCGUGUCCUAGCCUCGGAGGAACUCUCUGCUAUGAAACAGGUCGAGGUCAUCGAACCGAGCGGUGUCAGCCUCAUCAGUGAUAUAGACGACACAGUGAAACAUUCAGCUAUCGCAAGUGGAGCCAAAGAAAUAUUUCGGAAUACUUUUAUUCGUGAACUGGCCGAUCUAACUGUCGACGGAGUCUCGGAGUGGUAUACUAGUUUAGUUAAAAUGGGGGUUCAGAUACACUACGUCUCCAAUUCACCAUGGCAGCUUUAUCCGUUGUUAGAGCGCUACUUUAAACUGGCAGGAUUGCCUCCUGGUUCCUUUCACCUUAAACAAUACAGCGGCAUGCUUCAAGGGAUAUUCGAACCCACUGCAGAACGAAAGAAGGGCUCCCUUGAACAACUACUUCGGGACUUCCCGACACGCAGAUUCAUUCUAGUCGGUGACAGCGGCGAGGCAGACCUCGAAGUUUACACCGACGUUGCCCUGGCCAACCCUGGAAGGAUCCUGGGCAUCUUUAUCCGCGACGUCACCACAUCAGAUCAAAAGCAGUUCUUUGAGAAGUCCAUCGACCACCUGGAGCCUCAUCCAUCUCGCACUCGCAGCACUCCCCAGCUGAUCGAUACCAGCGAUACGGCAACUAAUCGGCCUGCAUUACCUCCUCGCCGCCCUCGAGCACCAGAUCAUCGAUCUGCUGAUGCCAUAAGCCUAGAUAAUGCUGAUCUGAUCGACCUCCGCGACGAUGACGAUCUGAAAGAUACCCAGCUGACACGUCCAAGCCACCGAACGGACGCCUACCACCAGCGAAACCAUCCAAGCCAUCAUCCCUACGUACCGUUUCCGCCAUGUCAGACCAGCCAGGAAAGGGCAGUUCAUCCCAGAUGCAAGAGGCCAUCAAACGGAAGCCAAUCCCGCCCGUACCGCCGCGUCGUCCUUCAGAAGCCCCAACUCCACCAAACCCACUACCAAUCCGCUCCAAAACAUUCAACGAAACAGAUCCAAUCGAACCCCAAGAACUCGCGCGGUCCAAACAACCCCCUCCGCCACCCCCACCCCGCCGAAGCAACACGGGAGCAACAUCCUCAACAACAACCUCGAACUCAAGCUCAAGCCGCCAACCAUCCCAAAAACAACCACAAUCAUACCCCGCAGCCGCUCUACACCACCAACCCCUCACCGGCCAGAUCAAGUACAAACAGUCUAGACAGCGACCAACAAUCAGUUGCUGGAUCUGCGCCUCCCGCGCCAUUACCCAACAAGCGCGAAGAGCUCUGGCGGAGACGCUGGGAAAGAGCCCACGAGAUCCUAACUGACAAGGGCGUGGUGCUGGGUAGCUGGCGAGUCGGCACAGAUAUCCAAGAUGUCACGGUGUGGUUGGUGCAGGAGGCGAUGAAAGAUGUUCUCGCUCGGAUACGAAAGGAAACUAAACUUACGGAUAGAAUUGAAUAA